CGAGACAGACGAAGAAGACCCAACAAAGUCCAUAAUCGCUAUUUACGACUAUUCGUGGAAAUCUGAUGAGGUUAGAACUUCUGAAUCUUGAUUUUUCAGACAAAUCGCUGGAUUUAAUUUUAUAUUUUAUUGUUUCUUCAGCUUAAAAAUUUACUAUGAAAUGUACUCGAUGUACACUCAUCAAAUAAGUGAAAUUAAUACGUGAAUGUAGAUACGAUGAUGAGAUACAAAAAUAUGACUGACCACAUCUGUCGAAUGCUCCCGAAUGAAGUAGAAGAAAUUAGUAGAGGGACAACACCAGCAACUGGCAACACCACCGAAAAUUAUGAAAACCAUAACAAGAAAGAAGAAGAAAAACCAUCAAAAUCAACGGUCGGCGACAAUCAUAAUAAUUCAGAUUCUGAUUUACAUAUGGACGACGCGCAAUGAACGAAUCUGAAUUAAUUUGGUAGAAAACUUUCUUUUUUUCGUCAAAAAUCUAUAUAUAUAUAUAAUUAAUAUUCCAAAUUAUUAGUAUUAGAAUUUUCAAUAAUUCAAAAUAAAUUUGUCUUAAUUCAGAAAAAAAUUAAUUACAAUUCGAAAUAAAUUUACUGCAAAUUUACCGCAAUUCAGAAUAGAAAAUUUACUGCAAAAUUCAGAAUAAAAUUUACCGCAAUUCAGAAUAAAAUUUACCGCAAUUCA